UCGAAGUGGAGCUCUCACGGUCUGAGACAAAACAGAGGAGAUGCUCGUCUCCCACACGGAAUCUUAUGCGCAUAUAUGGUGGCAGCCAUGAGCCCCAUCACCAUUCCAAGAAUGGCAUUCAAGCCGCACCCAUCAUCGACAACACCCAGAAAGCUUCAUUCCUCCUCCUCUUCCCCCAACACCUCUCCUUCCUCUUCUUCCUCUUGUUUCUGCAACACCAUCAUCAUCCCCGCCACCCUUCUCUUUGCCUUGCUCCUCCUCUUUAGCAGCAGCAGCAGCACAAUCCCGCUCAAUUUGUCUGCUUCACUUUCCUGCACCACAACCAUUUCUAGGGCCACCAACCCGCCGGCUGCCCGCAACUGGACCGGCGAUCUGCGCGACGCCCGCUUCGCCUGGAACAGCCUCUGCUUCGGGCCCCCGAAGGCGAAGCUUCGCCUCGCCGCCUUCUCCAAGAAAUGGCCAGUGGGAGCGGUCCCCGGCGGCAUGGAGCGGCACGCCCUCGGCCUGUACACGGCGCUUGCUCGGGCCGGCCACACCGUCCACGUCUUCACCGCCUCGCCCGACGCCUCCGGCAGGUUGAUCCACCGCGUCUCGGACGGCGGCCUCCACGUCCACUUCGCGUCGAGGGACGGGGGCUCGCUGGACGACGCCGCGGCCUGGAAGCUCUUCGUCGAGGAGAACGCGUCGCUCCCCUUCGACUUCGUGCACACUGAGAGCGUCACCCUGCACCACUCACGGGCCCGCGCCGUGCCGAACCUCGCCGCGACUUGGCACGGCAUCGCCUACGAGGCGCUGCACUCGGACCUCUUCCAGGAUCUGCUGCGCGAGCCCGGCCUGCGCCGGCCAGCCCAGUCCGAGGCCCGUCUCCGGGAGAUCAUCCCGAAGCUUCUGGGAGAGAUCAGGUUCUUCGCUUCCUAUCAGCACCACAUCGGCAUCAGCGACAGCGUCGGGCAAGUCCUCACCGACAUCUACCAGUUGCCCCCGGAGAACGUUCACGUCAUACUGAACGGCGUCGACCAUGAAAGCUUCUACCACGACCCGAAGAUCGGAGCAAGAUUCAGGGCAGAGUUCGGGGUGCCCCUUAACGCCAGUCUCGUGAUGGGGGUGGCCGGAAGGUUGGUCAGGGACAAAGGCCACCCGCUGCUCUUCGAGGCCUUCUCAGCCAUAAGAAAGCGCCACCCAGACGUCUAUUUGCUCGUGGCUGGGUCCGGGCCGUGGGAGGAGCGUUACAGGGAGCUGGAGCCCAACGUCAAGGUGCUGGGGCCGCUGAAGCCGUCGAGGCUGGCCGAGUUCUACAACGCGCUGGACGUGUUCGUCAACCCGACGCUGAGGCCGCAGGGGCUGGACCUGACGCUGAUGGAAGCCAUGCACUGUGGGAAGCCGCUGCUGGCCAGCAAUUUCCCGAGCAUCACCGGGAGCGUGGUACUGAAUGAAGGGUUUGGGUACACCUUCGCUCCCAAUGUGAAGUCGUUGACGGAGGCCAUGGAGUCGGCGAUUCGGGACGGGCGGGCUGAGCUGGCCGGAAAAGGGAUGACCUGCAAGGAGUACGCGCUCUCCAUGUUCACUGCUCGCAAGAUGGCUUCUGCUUAUGAGAGGUUCUUCCUUUGCAUGAAGGAUGUAAAGUAUUGCCGCUAUCCCUUGCCCACUGACUGUUAAAUUUCUUUCUUUUUUUUUUUUCCUUCCAAUUCCUCCAUUAACAGCCUCGGAUUGGGGUGAAUAAUUCUAAUUUUCACAGUUCCUUUUUAAAGGAUAUCCGCUUUUGAUCUUGAA